UCCUUUUUUCCCUCUGCCUAUAACAACAGUUGGAGAGGUGUCAUAUAUUAGGUAAAAGAAUUGUUGAGACUUAUAAAGAGGUUAUUUUCUCUCCUUUACUUUCGGUUACAUCUCUAUUUGUAGCCUCUAGAUGGAGCCUUUUUCUCCAAAGAGAAAACAAACUUUGGUGUCAAUUACUCUUUCAACACCAAAAAAAAAUCUUCUGGUAAAUGAAUUUCCUCUCAAAUCACCAACACAAUUGAAGGCACAUGUAGCUGUCAAAUCAUUCGAGUCAUCAAAAAAUUUUCCAAUUACUGGUCAAUAGGUAUCUCCAAUUAAUUCCAUUCAAUUCAAUCCCCAUUGAAACCAACAAGGUGAGGCCCAGUUUUUCCAUCAUCCAAGAUAGACCCAAAAAAAAUCUAGCUUCAAAGACACAAAAAGGGACAUGAAAAGUUGAAAUCAUACAUAGUAUAUAAAUAUUUGUGUUGUUGAAUGGCAAAAGGGGUUUGAAAUUUGAAUCCCUAAGGGAGCAUGCAUUAUGGCUCUCCACCUUUCCCUUAGAUCACAAUCAGUGUCAAACGCAAGCCAAGGAUCACCUUACCUUGGGAGAAUAUCAGAGGAGCCUUUACCUUUUCAUAGCAAAAGUAGUGCUCAAAGCACCGUGACAUGCAUCUACCAAGCCAACGUUGCAUCGUAUUGGAGGAACGUGUCAGUGUUGUGGUGCAAAAACCUCAUGAGCCACACGUUAAACCUCAAGAUUGACAGCAUAAAAGGUGAGUUAAGCUACACCUGCAAGAUAGACGUGAAGCCAUGGUACUUUUGGAACAAAAAAGGGUACAAAUCUUUUGAGGUUGACGGCCACCAGGUGGAGGUUUAUUGGGACCUCCGGUCGGCGAGAUUCGCCGGCGGAAGCCCCGAGCCGAGCGGGGACUACUACGUGGCGAUGGUGUCCGGUGAAGAGGUUGUGUUGUUGUUGGGUGAUCACAAUUACAAGAAGAAGGCCUUCAAGAGAAUGAAGAUGAAGCCAAGCAUUGUGGAGGCACUUUUGUUGGUCAAGAGAGAAAGCGUGUUCGCCAAGAAAAGUUUUGCAACCAGGGCCAGGUUUGAUGAGAAGAGAAAAGAGAAUGACAUUGUGGUGGAGAGCUCAACAUCGGGGAACAAAGAGCCUGAGAUGUGGAUCAGCAUUGAUGGGAUUGUGUUGAUUCAUGUCAAGAACUUGCAGUGGAAGUUUAGGGGGAACCAAACAGUUAUGGUCAACAAGCAACCAGUACAAGUCUAUUGGGAUGUGCAUGAUUGGUUGUUUAGUGUGCCUGGCUCAGGGCCUGGUCUGUUCAUUUUCAAGGCUGGACCUGUGGAGGCUGAGAAUGAAAGAGAGGAGAGAGGUGUUGAGGGAUGUGAAAGUGAUGAUGGUAGUUGUGCCAGUGGAUAUUAUUCAACCUUGAGUUAUGCUCCUGUUGAGUCUUGCCUAGUGCUUUGUGCCUACAAGCUUGAAUAAUGUAUAAAUAUAAUUCUGGAGUGGGGGCAAAGAGUAGCAAGAAUGUAAAGAUAAUUAGUUCUAUCUUUUUUUCUUGAUUGUAAUGGAUGCAAUGCAAAUGCAACCAAUAUUAU